AUGAGCCCCUUUGAUCCCCCGCCGCUUGCAGCCCACCUCCUCGCCUCCCCUCUCCUAUUCGUCCUCCGCCCGCUACACGCUCUCCUCCUCAACCUCCGCCCGGCCCCAUGCACCCGCACCCCCUCCCAACGCCCCAUCCGCGUCGUUUGCAUUUCUGACACUCACGACCAUCACUUGCCUAGCGUGCCGGAUGGAGACCUGCUGAUUCACGCGGGAGAUUUGACGAACAGCGGGACGCGGGCGGAUAUUCAGUUGGCGGUGGAUUGGCUGAAGACGCUACCGCAUGCUCAGAAGGUGGUUGUGGCUGGGAAUCAUGACGGGUGGUUAGAUACGGGUGUUCGGGGCUUUAUUUCCUCGUGCAAUGCGGAGGAUGGGACUGGUGAUGGCGACGCGCAGGCCAUCGAUUGGGGCUCUAUCCAUUACCUGCAGAACAGCAGCUUGACCCUCACGUUUCCGUCUCCCGCUUCCGCUGAUAGUGGCAGAUCUAGCCACUCUACGACAAGUGCCGAUGCCCCAUCUCGGACGCUGACGAUUCACGGCGCCCCGCAAAUCCCACAGCUGGACCCUUCACCGGAUUCAGUGCACGCCUUCCAAUAUCCCCCCUCCCUUGAUCCCACUACCACUACUACUGCUGCUGCUGCCACAUCUGGGAUCAGCGACUUCCACGCUUACCCAUACCCCAUCCCCAUCCCCCACAACACCGACAUCUUAGUCACCCACACGCCUCCCGCCUACCAUCUCGACAAUUACCCCUACUCCGUCGGCUGUCCCUUUGUUCUCCGCGCAAUCUGGCGUGUCCGCCCGCUUCUACAUGUCUGCGGCCACGUGCAUGUGGGCCGCGGUGUGGACAGGGCUUACUACGACCGUGUGCAGGAGGCAUGGGAGGCGCUAUGUGCGGUGCGGUCGGAGCAGGGGCUAUUAUGGGAGCGUGGGAGCGGAAUUGGGAGCUUUGUGAGAGGGGGCGGGUGGUGGAGAGAUUUGUGCGGGGUGGGUGGGGUGUGGGCCAUGGCGUGGAGGGUUGUUUGGGAAGGUCUUAAGGCGGUAGUUGUGGGGAGGCUGUGGGGCAGUGUUGGGGAGGGCGGAAGGGCCAUGGGGUUGGGGUUGGGACGGGAAGGGUGGAUAGUUAAUGCCGCUUGUUUGGAUGGGAGUGGGAAGGUAUUAAGGGGGGCGACUGUGAUUAAGAUAUAG